AUGCCGUUCGGACAGCUCGUCUUGGGCAGUCCCGGCGCGGGGAAGAGCACCUAUUGCGAUGGCAUGCACCAGUUUAUGGGCGCUAUAGGGCGGCAAUGCUCAGUCGUCAACCUCGACCCCGCGAAUGACCGUACGAGUUACCCGUGCGCCCUGGAUAUUCGAGACCUAGUCACGCUCGAGGAGAUCAUGUCGGACGAGCGUCUCGGACCCAACGGCGGGAUUAUCUAUGCACUUCAAGACCUUGAGCACAACUUCGAAUGGCUUGAGGAGGGGCUAAGGGAGCUGGGCGAGGAUUAUGUACUCUUUGACUGCCCGGGGCAGGUAGAGGUUUACACUCACCAUACAUCACUACGAAAUAUCAUUUAUAGGAUACAGAAGCUGGGAUACAGGCUCGUGGCAGUCCACCUGUCCGACUGCUUCUGCCUCACCCAGCCCUCCCUCUAUAUCUCCAACCUCCUCCUCGCCCUACGCGCCAUGCUCCAGAUGGACCUCCCGCACAUCAACGUCCUGACCAAGAUCGACAAAAUCGCUUCAUAUGACCCGCUCCCGUUCAACCUCGAUUUCUACACCGAGGUCCAAGACCUGUCCCAUCUCAUCCCGUCUCUCGAGGCCGAGGCGCCGGCGUUGCGAAGUGAGAGGUUUUCGAGACUGAACCAGGCUAUUGUCGACCUCGUGGACCGGUUCGGGCUGGUCAGUUUUGAGGUGCUGGCGGUGGAGAACAAGAAGAGUAUGAUGCACCUCUUGCGCGUGAUCGAUCGGGCGGGAGGAUAUGUGUUUGGCGGAGCCGAGGGCAGUAAUGAUACCAUCUGGCAGGUAGCGAUGCGGAACGAAUCGUCGUUGCUGGAUGUCCAGGAUAUUCAGGAGCGAUGGGUCGACAACAAGGAGUUCUACGACGAACUCGAGAGAAAGGAGGAGGAGGAGCAGGAGAAGCUCCGGAAGGCGCAGGCAGAGGCAGCUACCGCGGCCUCGGGUGGAGACGUCCCAGAGGUUUCGUCGCAGCCGCCAGUUGCUGAUAGCGGUAUACGGGUGGUGCGCAAAAAGAAGUGA